AUGAGCAGCACCUUCCUCUACCGUGCCAUCCCAGACCAUACCAGGCCAUCCCAGACCAUACCAGGCCAUCCCAGACCAUACCAGGCUAUCCCAGACCAUACCAGGCCAUCCCAGACCAUACCAGGCUAUCCCAGACCAUACCAGGCCAUACCCAGGCCAUCCCAGACCAUACCAGGCCAUCCCAGACCAUACCAGGCCAUCCCAGACCAUACCAGGCUAUCCCAGACCAUACCAGGCCAUACCAGGCCAUCCCAGACCAUACCAGGCCAUCUCAGACCAUACCAGGCCAUACCAGACCAUACCAGGCCAUACCAGACCAUACCAGGCCAUACCAGACCAUACCAGGUCAUGCCAGACCGUCCUAGACCACUGCCAGAUUCCCAGAUCACUCCUAGACCAUGCCAGACCACCCUAGACCACUCCUAG